GCCCAGCCGUGCCCAAGAAACCGCAAAGCGCACCGCCACCGUUCCCCAUCUCGAUCUAGAACCGAGGGUUUCGUCGCCGCGAGCCGAGCCAUCCAGCCAUGCCGAAGAACAAGGGAAAGGGAGGCAAGAACCGCAAGAGGGGAAAGAACGAGGCUGACGACGACAAGCGCGAGCUCGUCUUCAAGGAGGACGGGCAGGAGUACGCGCAGGUAACCCGGAUGCUCGGCAACGGCCGCUGCGAGGCCAUCUGCGUCGACGGCACCAAGCGCCUCUGCCACAUCCGGGGCAAGAUGCACAAGAAGGUCUGGAUCGCCGCCGGGGACAUCGUCCUCGUCGGCCUCCGCGACUACCAGGACGACAAGGCCGACGUCAUCCUCAAGUACAUGAACGACGAGGCCAGGCUGCUCAAGGCAUACGGGGAGCUCCCCGACACGCUCAGGCUCAAUGAGGGAGUCGACGUCGACGGCCCCGAGGAGGGCGACGGCGACAGCGACUACAUCCAAUUCGAGGACGAGGACAUCGACAAGAUCUAAGCUUUCUUACUUCCUCGCUAUACUUUCUGUUUCUAUUCUAAAUAGUGUGCUGCUAUCCUAUCUAUGGUGGGCUGUUACUGAUUGGUGGAUUUGGUGGUUCGUGGUAUGACGCUAAAUCGUUAUGGAUUGAGGAUGUUCAAUAAUUGUCAAACUGUCUUCGUAUUAAUUUAGUACAUGCUGUUGCAACAAAGGUUGAUGCUACCGUAUGAUGAUGAUUAUGGUAUUAAUAUUGUGGCUUGUGAUGUU